AUGUGCAGCCGUAGCGGACGAAAAUGCCAGGGAUACUUGACACCCCCCGAUGGAAGGACCCGUGAAGUCCGAGAUGCACGCCAUGCACACACAACCGGUAGGACCUUUAGUCUUGUGCCAAUGAACAAAGAAGCUGCUAUGACUGGUGGCCUGGUGGCCAUGGUCGAUGCCAGUCAAGUCGGACUAUCCAACAAGGAGCGUCAGUAUUUAUCAUUGUUCCGCUCCCACACCGCUGCACACUGCACAGGGUAUAGCUUCGACCCAUUUUGGCAACUCCUUGUUCAUCAAGCUAGUGAAUGUUAUCCUGUAGUUCGCCAUGCAGUUAUUGCUAUCAGUGCUCUGCAUCGGGAAUUUGCGGACCCAAUUGCGAGUCAGGAUGACAUGUUCGCUCUUCAGCAAUGUAAUAAGGCGAUCGGUCACCUCCGGAAAGGCAUCAUAGAAGAUGACCUUUCAGACCCAUCCCAUACUGAGAAGGUGUUGGUUGCUUGUGUUGUCUUGAUUACCGUCGCUCUUUUUCAAGGCGAUGUCGAAGCUGUUCGCUCUCAUCUUCGAUCUGGAACGAAGCUCCUAUGGGAGUGGAGAAAGAACAACGCCAAGCAUAGCAUCGUUGCUCCAAUUUUAUUGAACACAUUUGUGCAGCUCCACCUUCAUUGGGCCAGCGCCACAUGGAUGAAUGAUUACAAGGGGUCGGAUUGGCCCUUCCUUCUGGAACUCAUCGAUGAUAACAUACAAGAUAUUAUGAAAUAUCCGGAUGAACAAACCCGGCAAACGCUUCUCCUGCCCGUUCAAGCUUGGCUAGUACUCUUCAGCGACCCAACGCGCUUCAACACGAAGACUUUCGAUUCCGCACCGCCGCAAGGCUUCAUGUGGGACACUGUUUCUGACAAAUUCCAUCGAUACAAAAACGGAUACCAGAACUGCGUUGUCCUUCAUAAAAAUAGAGUUUCCACAAAUGCUCCGAGUCAAGAGCGUGCCAUGUUGCUACUGAAGAUAAACAAUGAGAUACUUCACAUCACCCUUACCUCCAUACACUUUACAGGUUCUGAAAUGGAAUGGGACACACUCCUGCCUCAUUUUGAGGCAGCGGUCGACGCAGCAGAAAAACUGUUAACAGACUUCAGUGGGAUGCUUGAUCCCUACUUUUCUGCCAAGGAGGGAUGGAUCCCAACACUUUUCAUGACCGGAAUAGCAUGUCGGGACUGGUCCAUUCGGCAGCGAGUGUUGAAGAUCUUCGAAACAUACAACCGGCGAGAAGGAAUUUACUCUACAUCAGAAGCUCUGGUUGUGUUGCCACGCAUCUAUGAAAUCGAGCAUGCCGGUAUUGCUCCGGGGGAGAUCGUGCCAGAGCACAACCGCGUCAGCAUGGGACAUGUUGAAGAAACGCCCAACCACUCCAACUACAAGAUGAAGACUUACCAUUUACUAUACCGCGACGUUCACAGAGAGUGGCAUAGGGAGGAACUGCCUUGUGGCGACACUGCUGUUAGACACGCUUUGAAGGGCCGCUUUGAACUGGCCACCUUGGUUUGCAACCCAGGUCGCGGCAUUGAUGAUUUGAAAUGA